AUGGAGUUUGUGUUUCACAGUGAAACAAAAAGGGUAUCCCAAUCUGAUGGUGGAAUAGAUGGAAAAUGCCGAGAGAAAUGGGAACAGCGUGUGGGAUUGGAAAUUGAUAGUGGCGGUUCGCAGAACUGUCGGAAGGUUAUCGAAGGUGGAAGGAGACGGAUUGCUGAAAACAAAGAUGUGGUGAGAGUUUGGUUUACUAUGGAGAGUGAGAAGAUUGGGACGUUGGCGUCGAUGUUGUGGAGAUAUCAAAAAGCAAUAGCAGGCUUCAACUCUACAUUGCGGCUUGGAAAUGUUGGAAAACGAAGGGAUGUUGGUUUAAACCAUAUUGCCCUAUUUGAAGGGAAAGUAGCGGGUGGUAUUGGAGAGCAAGUGGGUGUAGAGUGUGAUUAUAGGCACAAUGAGAUUGUGAGGCUUAACCCGAGGGAUUGCUGGUACUGGUUAUCGGUGAAUUGUCUUAAUCCGACUUGUGCUUUUCGACAUCCUGUUAAUGUUUACCGAUGA